AUGGAUCCCACCGCUGCUAAUGGAGGCCCAGUUAUGGCGGAGGAUAAUAUCAUCAAUCGAAGAGGGGGGGAAUCGUUAUUCCAGAGCUGCGCAAGCCUGAAAAAGAGACUUGCUGAGGUCCCUGGUUUCGAGCCCCAUCUUGCAGAAAUGGCGGAGAUGGACAGAACGGAUGAGGCGAUAGAUCCUGUUGCAUCUAUAUGGAGAUGUCUGCGGCAAGGAUAUCCGCUAAUGACAAUCUUCAACGCCUCCAAGCCUGCAGAGCCCCUAACUAUCGACACUGAUAAAGUCCCAGAGGCAAGACGGCCAAAGGCAGCGGCUUUUAAGUUUCUCCAAGCUUGUUUGUUAGAGUUGGAGUUUCCCCAGCAGGAAUGUUUCCUUAUCACUGAUCUUUAUGGGGAAAACACAACGGGCUUUGUGAAGGUCAUUAAAAUGGUCAGCCGCGUUCUAGAUAUUCUUGAAAUGCGUGGUCAGCUUUAUCAACCUUCUGCAACAGCCGCCGGUCCAAACCAAGGUGAAAAGGUCAAGCUUACUCGGAAAGAGCAUAUUUUGAAAGAGAUGCUGGAAACAGAACGAGAUUAUGUCCACCACCUUCAAAAUUUGCAAGCGUUAAAAAAGGAAUUGGAGGAAACUGGGGCUCUUAAUGGCGAUUCGAGCCAUCAGAUCUUUUUGAAUCUUAAUAACCUUCUUGACUUUGCUCAGCGAUUUCUUAUUCGUAUGGAGCAACACAAUGCCCUCCCUGAAGAUACGCAGAACUGGGGGGAUCUUUUUAUCCAACACCAGGAAGGAUUUCGCCAGUACGAACCUUUUAUCGCCAAUCAACUUCGAUGCGAUGUUGUUUGUGCAAAGGAAUGGGAUAAAAUCAAGGCUGCGCCACGGUCUAUUGACCUCCAACAAAUGGUGGCACAGCAGUCCACUCUAAAUGGAUUUUUCGUCAAACCAUUUCAACGUCUUACUAAGUAUCCUAUGAUGCUCUCGGAACUGAGGAAGCAGACCGAUCGCGAAGACCUUGUUGCCGACGUUUCCACUGCCAUUGACAUUGUUCAAGCGGUUUUAGACCAAGCAAACCGUGCAGUUGACAAAGAACACUUGGCCAACGCCGUUGCCGAUCUCGCUUCUCGUGUUGAUGAUUGGAAAGCCCUUAAAGUUGAUAUAUUUGGUGAACUGCUUCGGUUCGGCACUUUCACCGUGCUGAAGGGUGACGGAGGUAGAGAUUCAGAAAGAGAGGUUCGUACGGCCCUUUCACAGUUUAAUACCCAACAUUGGCCCAUUCGGUAUCGCCGCCCUUCCCUACGUAGGCAAUCUGUGAAAAUCCGCAUGUGUCUGUUAGGUGUCGAUUCCCUGACACCCAAUCAACCUUCCCUAACAAGGCUAUCUGGAUUCUAUCCCUCUGGAACUCCUUCCCAGGACCCGUCCCCUAGAUUAUCUGAGUUUACGGUUUUCUCGAGGAAAUCAAGCUUUUGCUCUACGACCUUGAAAGGAUUUGGCCUUCCCCUGGUGGAGAAAUCUCACCCACCUCUUGCAUCUAGUGGACCUGGGCAAUUAGAACACUUCCACCCACAAUCCAACAUUUCCAUGGCAGAUGAUUUCCCGAGUCAGCCAGGGAGCACUAGUUACAAAGGACCCUUUUCUCCUGGCACCACCCCACCAUCCCCCUGUCCACAAUUGCACAAACAAAAGAGCUUUCCCACCCAACUAUCUGGGUCUGAUAGACGGUCACGUACCUUGUCAACCAUUGAUCGUCUAAUUAUUGCCAAUGAAAGCUCAAGAGCUAACUUGGAUGAUCACCUUUCUUCACCAAAACGGAAAGGGCAGGACAAGCAUAGCUAG